AUGGGCCAAUUGGUCCUUAUUCCCAUCCAGCUCAAACAUCAUUUUUUCAAGGGCACCGUGGUGCUGCACACCGCACUUCCGGACACGAUCGACGAGGUCGAUGUCAUCACCGCAGGAGGCGGCACCGCAGCUUGUGUUGCCGCGCCCAGGCUCGCCGCCGCGAAUCCCGAGCCGCCCAUCUUGAUGUUUGAGGAGGGCCCGAACAGCGAGACCCCUAUCGUCGAGCACCCUGCGCUGUCCAUAGCGCAUCGAGCGCCUGGUAGCGAAACGCCCCUAUUCUCCACAAGGAACAAGUCACCGGAGGUCGGGGGCAGGGCGCUGGGAACGCUGUCUGGCGGCGUCCUCGGCGGAGGGUCGUCCGUCAACAUGAUGCUUGAAACGCACCACGGCAAAGACGAGAGGAACCUAAAAGGCCGGGACGGCCUAAUGCACGCAUCUCAGGGCUCGUACCCGUCACCCAGGCUCCGAGAUGAGUUCAUCGCCGCCGCGGCGACGCUGGGCUGGGACGAGGUCGAGGACCUGUCCGACUUCGAGUCCGUCAACGCCGUGUGGUGGGCUAAACGCUUCGUCUCAACGGCGGCAAACACCAGGGCGCCGCAAUCUCGACGAGGGCAAGAGGGCCGUCGGCAUCGAGCUCCGGCCGACUUCGAGACGGGCAUCUUCGCGGGCGCGGGGCGCGCCGACGUAGCCGCCCACAUCUAA